AUGCAAGCUUCGACAGCUCGGCAAGCUCUGGGUCCGUGCGCGUUGAUACGCUGUCGGUGCGUGAUAGGGGGUGAAGCGGCGGGUGCGGCUGCAGACACGGUGGGAGGCGCGGCGGCGGGCGCGGUAGUGAGGACGGCAGCGGGCACUACAGCGGGCGCGGCGGUGGGCGUGGCGGCGAGCACGGCGGUGGGUGCGGCGGCGGGCGUGGCAGCGGAUGCGCCGGUGGGAUCGGCGGCGGAUGCGGCGGUGGGCAUGGCGGCGGAGCGGCGACGGGCCCGGCGGCGGAUGCGGCGACGGGCGCAGUGGUGGCCGCGGUGGGUGCAGCGGUGA